AUGUCGGACAGCAUGCAGCGCAGCUCACAAAAGGUAGCUGGGACUGGUAUUUCCGAUCUUGUCGAAGAGAACAUGAACGACCUCAUGGACCACGCCACCGCGAUGUUCGACACCUUGGAUCUGGCUAAGAGCCUCACGAACGAUCCUGCAGACACCCCUGCCGCCUGCGCCGCCUUCAACACCUUCGAACUGGUCGAGCAGUUCAUGCUUCGCCUAUCUCGCAAAGACGUCAUACGCCUCACGCGCCCCGCCAGAAUCUGGUACAACGUCAUCAGAGAGUCACCCAGCGUUCGCGAACUGCAUGGACCGGCCGCACCGCUCGACAAGACUGCGCCGUGGGUCAACAAGCGUUUCGAGGUGAAGAACUGCCACGACGACUCAGGCAGGUUGCUGUACGAUCUCAACGUCCGCGUCCCAGUGUUCCCAUGCUUUCCCCAAUACGACUGCACGCACUUCAUCGUCAACAAGAAUGGCAUGGCAGGAGCGCAGCACCAUAUCAUCAUCCAACACCUUUCGGACAACAAGAAGGCGCACUAA